UAACUUCAGCACGGUCACGUGACUUUACUGUUUCCGUGUCAGAUAAUGUGAACUGUGACUGACGAGCUCAUAUGGAAACACAAGUGAAAAUAGAAACUUACAGUGAAAAUAGAAACUUCCAGUGACAGACAGAGCUCGGUGAGACUAGCAUACAAAGAAAGUUUGUGAUUCAAAAUGCACCCAUCCUCCUGUGACACCUUUGUGGCUCUGCCCCCCUCCACGGAGAGACAAUGCAUCAUCUUUGGGAAAAACUCUGACAGACCUUGUGAUGAAGUCCAGGAGGUGGUGUAUUUUCUUGCCAGAGACUAUGCUCCAGGGGAGAAGGUCGAGUGUACAUACAUAGAGAUCGAGCAGGUUGCCCACACUUAUGCAGUUAUGCUAAGCAAACCAGCAUGGCUGUGGGGAGCAGAAAUGGGCGCAAAUGAGCAUCAAGUGUGUAUUGGAAAUGAAGCUGUGUGGGGCAGAGAGAGUGCAGAUGGUGACGAAGCUCUUCUCGGCAUGGAUCUUGUCAGGAUUGGACUUGAGAGAGCAAAUACAGCUGAAAAAGCUGUGGAUGUCAUUACUGAGAUGCUGGAGAAAUAUGGCCAGGGAGGAUCGUGCAUGGAGGAUGAGUGUAGCUUCACCUACCACAACAGCUUCCUCAUCUCAGACAGGAAGGAGGCCUGGCUGCUGGAAACGUCAGGGAAGCACUGGGCAGCAGAGAGAGUGGAAGGUGGAUAUCGCAACAUCUCAAACCAGUAUGGCAUAACGACUAAGAUAGACAAGGAACAUCCAGAAAUGAGGAAAUAUGCACAGAGCCAAGGCUGGUGGGAUGGAGAGACUCCGUUCAACUUUUCCACGGUUUAUUCCUUUACGACUACAGCCAGAAUAGAAGCCUCUGGGAGUCGAUACUGUGAGGGGAAGAAGUUACUGGAGAAGAGCAACGGUCACAUCACUGCGGAGACGAUUAUGGAUAUCCUGAGGGAUAAAGAUAGUGGCAUCAACAUGGAGGGCAUGUUCAUGACAACAGGAAGCAUGGUGUCUGUGGUCCCCACGGAUCCUGCUCUGCCAGGGGUUCACUAUUUUACAGCAACUCCAGACCCUGAAAGGUCCGUAUUCAAACCUUUCAUCUUCGUGAAGAACAUUAAACCGCUGAAGGAGACUUCUUCUCCCAGUUACGGUGCAGAUGACCCUGUAAAGAAGAAACCCCGCUUCCAGAGCAAGCCUGACCGCAAACACGAGUUGUUUGUCAAACAUGAACUGGUGGCCGCCAUCAUGGAAUCCUACAAGGACAGAGGAAAGAAAAUCACAGAAAGUAUGAGGCAGCUGGAGAAGGAAAAGAUGACGGAGAUGGAGAAGAUUCUUUCACAUGGUUAUGAGCAAGCGGAUUUUUUGGUGAAUCUGUUCUCAAAAUCUGUUCGGGAGGAGAUGGCUGCGUACGGCAAGAGCUGAAACCACAAAACGGAUCUCCAGAGCGACCGUAGCAGCAUCUGCAUUUGAACUUUUAGUCGGGUGUAAGUACAAACAUGCUUGUAGAAUGAAUUGGAACAGAGCUGAAUGGUAAUUAACAUUAUUAUGUAAUUAAUAAAGCAGCCCAGGAUACUCAUGUUGUUCAAUAUUGACUAAAAUGUUGACUUUUAUUUGUCGCAUCUUUGAACAGAUAUACAAGAAGGAACAAAUGCAUUAUGAGAGACAGGAUUUGAGGGUUUGGGAAUAUUUAUUUUAAAAACAAAUCCAUAUCAUUAAUAUACAACCACUGCAUUUCUUAUUAAAGACACUUUUACAUGAGUUUUCUCUGUGAUUUAAGUUAAUGAACAUAAAACCUUUGCACUUAAAGCUACAAAAGUAUAAUUUUCUUAUAUUACUAUAUACCUGAGAAUAAAUGUAUGACAGCAGCCAAAAUUUUCAAGUAAACGCAUGCAUUGACAUUGAGUUCUGACACUUAUUUCUUAUGGUUAUUACUAAUUAAUAAUAACUUUAAAGUAAUAAAACAAGUUUAACAUUUCCAUUGAAACAUAGAAAAUGCUUUUUCCCUCUCUGAACCAGCAGCGCUGAUAAACAGUGAAACCGCUGUCGUCAUAUCAAAUCAUGUUAAACUGCAGUUUAUCAAGGCUACAAUACUCGUGCUUCAAGCUGCAUAACCAGUUAAUUAACUGGUGAAACUAACGUUAAAUUAAACUGACCACAAACAAAA